CCCAUGGCCCCCGCGGGGGACGCAGCAAGGCCGGGGCGUUUCUUCGGUGUCUACCUGCUUUACUGCCUGAACCCUCAGCACCUGGGCCGUGUCUACGUGGGGUUUACUGUCAACCCGGUUCGACGGGUCCAGCAGCACAAUGGAGGCCGCAAAAAAGGCGGAGCCUGGCGGACAAGCGGACGAGGACCCUGGGAGAUGGUGCUUGUCGUGCACGGCUUCCCGUCUGCGGUGGCUGCCCUUCGGUUCGAAUGGGCCUGGCAGCACCCGCACGCGUCGCGCCGCCUGGCGCACGUGGGUCGGCGCCUGCGCAACGAGGGUUCCUUCAAGUUCCACCUGCGCGUGCUAGCGCACAUGCUGCGCGCGCCGCCCUGGGUGCGCCUCCCGCUAACAUUGCGCUGGUUGCGUCUGGACUUCCGCCGGGAUCUCUGCCUGCCGCCGCCGCCGCAUGUGCCGCUGGCCUUCGGGCCUCUGCCGCCUCGGGGCUUUAUGUCAAGACCCUGCGCUAGUCCCUGUGCUGACACCGAGCCUGAACUGGAAGCCGGCUGCACACUAUGUGCGGGCGCCCUGCAGGAUGAAGAGGGUCCCUUGUGUUGCCCCCACCCUGGCUGCCCCCUAAGAGCCCAUGUGAUCUGCCUGGCAGAGGAGUUCCUUCAGAAAGAACCAGGGCAGCUUUUGCCCCUAGAGGGCCAAUGCCCUAGCUGUAAGAAUUCAGUGCUUUGGGGAGACCUGAUCCGGCUGUCCUGGAUGGAAACUGAGGAGGAAGAGGAGUCGGAAUUGGAAGAGGAACAUUGGACAGACAUGCUGGAGACUGAUCCUCAGUGUCCCUAGCCCUCCUGUCACUCCUUUUCUGUGCAAUCCCCUACCAGCGUGGGUCUGGCCAGGUUUUACUUUAGUUCAAUAAAUAGUCUAAGUUAAAGGUACUUUUUGGUGUUUGUUGGGGAGAAGGGGUGGAACAAGUAGGCAGGGGCUUGGGUGAGAGGAAGGAGGGGCCACCACUGGCCCAAGAAAUGUGACCAGCCCCUCCUCUGCCUUGGAGGCUCCACUGCCUCAGCUUUUCCACCUUGCCUGUGAGGUCACAUAGUUCUUUGAAGGCUCAGGAGACUCACACCAUUACUUAGACUGUUACCUGCUUCCCAGUAACAGUCCUGGCUUGACUAUGGACUUUAGUCCAAAUAGUGAGGACAAAGGCUGAGGAGGAAGGUGGGAUGCUCUCCCUCCAUGGGGUCCUGUGGCUUCCAAGCCCAGUCUGUUCUUUUUUUUUUUUAAUUAUUUUUUAUUAAAUCAUAACUUUGUACAUUGAUGCAUUUAUGGGGUUCAGGGUACUACUUCGAUAUAUGAUGUGAAAUGCUUACAUUGAACUAAGUAACACAUCCAUCACAAUUAUACUCAUUUCUUAAUAGUUUUGAAAUGUACCAUUGCAUCAUGCACAUUAGGUGAGGUCUCCCCAAAUACCCUCCCUCCUCCCAAAUCCCCCCUCCCCUCCCCUCUCUCUAUAAGUUAUGUUUUGCCAUUCAUAUGAGUGUGUAGGUGAUUAUAUACUGAUUUCAUAGUAGUAUGGAGUACAUUGGAUACUUUUUUUUCCAUUCUUGAGAUACUUUACUAAGAAGAAUAUGUUCCAGCUCCAUCCAGGUAAACAUAAAAGAUGUGAAGUCUCCGACUUUUUUAUGGCUGCAUAGUAUUCCAUAGUGUACAUAUGCCACAAUUUGUUAAUCCAUUCAUGGGUCGAUGGGCACUUGGGCUGUUUCCAUGUCUUGGGCUAUUAUGAAUUGGGCUGCAAUAAACAUUCUGGUGCAAA